GAGCGCAGCCGCCCGGGGCCGGUUCCCGCGCCCGCCGCGCGCCCAGCCGGGCCCUGGGGGGUGUCCCCGCGCCGCGACCCCCGCAUGGUGCUGCUGGCCGGGCCCGGGCCCGAGGGCGGCGGGGCGCGCUGCGUGUCCCCGCCGCCGCCGUCGCCGCCCCGGGACGCGCAGGCCCGGGACGACCCCGAGGACUCGGAGGAGUACGAGGACUUCUCGCGCCUGCCCGACACCCGCAGCCUCGCCUCCGACGACUCCUUCUACCCUCCCGGCGCCCACGAGGAGCUGGGCGCACCGAGCGCGUCGGAGGCUGUCCCGGAGGGGGUCCCGGAGGCGGCGACCCUGCUGCGCGCCGCCGGCGCCAACGACGUGGGGCUGCUGCGGGCGCUGAUCCGGCGGGGGCCGCGCGAGGAGGAGGUGCGGGAGACGGACCGCAACGGCCGGACCGGCCUCAUCGUCGCCUGCUCCCACGGCUUCGUGGACGCGGUGGUGGCCCUGGCAGAGUGCCCCCACAUCGACGUUAACUGGCAGGACAGCGAGGGCAACACGGCACUGAUCACGGCGGCGCAGGCUGGGCACGCCACGGUCACCAGCUACCUGCUCAACUACUUCCCCGGCCUGGACCUGGAGCGCAGGAACGUGCUGGGCUUCUCGGCCCUGAUGAAGGCCGCCAUGCACGGGCGCACCGAGUGUGUGCGCGCGCUCAUGCUGGCAGGGGCAGACGUGCACGCGAGGGACCCCCGGCGCGGGAUGUCGCCCGCGGAGUGGGCCGCCUACACGGGGCGCCUGGAGGCGGUGCGGCUCAUCCAGAGGCUGCUGGAGCGGCCGUGCCCGGAGCAGUUUGGGGACAAGUACAAGCCGGAGCUGCCCCAGGGCCUGCAGGGGGCCGCCAAGCCGGCCGCCAGCUCCAAGAACUGCCUGCAGAAGUUCACCCGCUUCCUGCGGGGCGCGCUCGGCCCCCGCGCGCGCGACCCGCAGGACGGCGGGGUCCUGGACCACAUGGUCAGGAUGACCACCAGCCACUUCAGCCCCGCGGUGGCGGUGGCCUGCCAGACCGUGUGCCCCGAGAGCCCGCCGCGCGUGGGGAAGCGACGCCUGGCGGUGCAGGAGAUCGUGCAGGCGCGCGCUCGCAGGGACGCGCGGGCCCCGGAGGAGGAACCGGGCCAGGGGCGGGGCCCGGAGCCGCCGCCGCCGCCGCCGCCGGCCCAGACCUCGGGGGUCUGCGGGGAGGGGAGCCCCCCGCGGCCGCCCGGCGCCCCGCGGAAGGCCAGCCUGCUGGCCCUGCACCGGCUGCGGAGGGGCAGCGUGCGGCCCGGCGUGGUCAUCCCCCGCGUGCGCGUGAGCAAGGCGCCCGCGCCCACCUUCCAGCCCGAGCGGCCGCCGGCCAAGGGCAGCACCAAGGACAGCGGCCACCUGCAGCUGCCCAAGUGGCGCUACAAGGAGGCCAAGGAGGAGAAGAGGAAGGCGGAGGAGGCCGAGAGGCAGCGGGCUGCCCAGGCGCAGAAGGAAAGGCGGGCGCCGCCCUGGAGGAAAAGGACGUGAGGGGGGCGCGGGCCCCGCGGGUCGAGCCCGCCUCAGCCCCUUCCGCUGCACGUCCCCAAACUUCCCGUGGGGAUCCCUGGAAACGGGGCCCUGCGGGUUCAGGCGACACCCGAUGGGGGUGGAAUUGGGCGCGUCCGGCAGUGGAGACGCCCGACCCACCGUCUGCCUAAAUGUCGACCUUUCAAACCUCACUCGAGAAAGUUCGGAGACCAAUUCAUCCAAGGGCAUUUUCUGUGUAAUUUUGUAUGCUGAAUUUUUCAGCCCCCAAUUUUCAGGGUUUUACUAAGGACGGGACAGUUUGUAGUGAAGACGGUUUGAUACCGUUGCCCGGAGACCCCUUUGUUGAAAAGAAGGUUCCAGCAAUCUCUCCCUGUGUUUUCUCUCCAGGGUGAGGGCGUGUUCCGACGCCCCUUCCUCUUUGCCCUUCCCCUGCCCCGCGGGGUGCUGCAUGCUGUCCCGGAAGCCAGGCUAGGAGGCUUUUCUGGGGGGAGGCGAGCAGCCCCCAAGAGAUCAGGCAGAGCCCCCCGCCCCCGUCCAUGCCUCCCCCCGCCUGACGUUGCAGGCGCCUCGUCCUCAAGAGUCAGAAGCACCACGGGGAGCCUGUCGUCGGCAUAUAAAUCAGCACAUAGAUAGGCAUGCAUCCUUUGCUAGAAACCAGCUCCAAGCAAGGGCAUCCACAGCACACAGUCUCCACGCGUUCGCCAAGAUCAGCGAACAGAAGCGAUCCUAACACGAGGAAAGCGAGAAUAAAUUAUUAUCAGAGAUGUAGAA